AUAUUAAUAACUAUCUGGGGCUGCAAGAACGACCGUCCCGAGGAGUCCAUUCAAUUUUCAAGCACUACUGCUUUCAGCUCCUUGAUAUCCAAUGCUUCAAGCUUCCUUUCGGGGAACCUUUACCAACCGACGUCUCGUUUUACUACGGAAGGCGUCGAGUCUAUCUGCUGCUCGGGAGCGUCGAGCUCCCAUCGAUGUUCACCCCGAGGUGGAGGAUGCAUUGGCCACCGGAAAGCCUGUAGUUGCUCUCGAAUCGACCAUCAUUACCCAUGGAAUGCCGUACCCGACUUCAUUGGAGAUGGCCCAAUCAGUCGAGAGGAAAGUCAGGUCCACAGGGAGUAUACCAGCCACCAUCGCUGUCAUUGGGGGACGCAUCAAAAUUGGACUUCAUCCAGCAGAACUAGAACGUCUUGCAGACCAACGCUCAAACGCAAACGCCGUGAAGUUGUCCAGGCGAGAUAUUGCAGCUGCAAUUGCUCUAAAGAAGGAUGGCGGGACUACAUGUUGUUCCACCCUGAUCUUUGCUGCACUGGCUGGUAUCAAGGUCUUUGCCACUGGAGGGCUUGGCGGAGUCCAUCGCGGCGGGGAGAAUACAAUGGACGUUUCAGCUGAUCUACAUGAACUCACGCGUUGUCCAGUUGGUCUGGUUUCGGCUGGAGUGAAAUCCAUUUUAGAUAUAAGGCGAACUCUCGAAUAUCUGGAAACGCUUGGUGUACCAGUAAUAUCUUACGCAGAGACACACGAUUUUCCGGCUUUCUACACCGGUCGAAGCGGUCUUGAGUCGCCUUGGAGGAUAAAUGAUCCUAAAACAGCCGCUCAUAUUCUACAUACUCAUUGGCAACUGGGCAUGUCUAAUGGUGCCCUUUUUGCGGUCCCUAUCCCUGCUGAAUAUGAGGCUAUCGGGUCAGUCCUUCAAGAGGCAGUCGAACAAGCUGUUCACGAAUCAGAAGAACAACAUAUCAGUAAGCUAGGGAAGGCUGUCACUCCUUGGCUUCUCAACAGGGUUGGCGAGUUAACACAAGGAAAAUCACUUGCUAGCAACAUAGCCCUUGUCGAGAAUACUGCACUCGUUGGAGGUCAAAUUGCAGUAGAAUACGCGAAACUUGCUGAAGACAGACAUGACCAGGAUCAAUGCUAUCCUGUGAUAGGAAUACGAGGAAAACCGGAUGAGCCUCACAGUGCAUAUGACGUCGCCUCAUCAGGCACUACUGAUGAUCUCAAAGGGCAACCAUUACCGAACGCUUCGUUGGUUGUAGUUGGUUGUGCAGCAGUAGACAUUACAUCCCAACCUCUUACAGAUUCGGACCUUGUCCACCAGUCUACAUCUCCUGGGAAGGUUUCCAUGUCACUCGGAGGCGUUGGCCGUAAUAUUGCUGAGGCUGCUCAUCGAGUCCUUUCGUCAUAUAGUAAAGAGUUCUCGGCCGCAACUUUGCUAGUGUCUCCAGUAGGUGAUGAUUCUUUCGGGAGACUGUUGAGCGAGGAGACACGAAUGCUAGGGAUGAGAACAGAUGGUCUUAUUCCCGUGCAUGGAGGCAGGUCGUCUGUGUGCAGUCUGCUUCUGGAGAAAUCGGGUGGAUUGAGGGCAGGCGUGGCUGACAUGGACCUCGUUCAGAAUAUGGAUGGACAUAUGGCACGUGAAUUUAUAUUGGCACACAAACCAAAACUACUCGCAGUGGAUGGGAACCUAUCACCAGAUGCACUGAAGGUAGUAGUGAGCGAAUGUCUUCGAAACGGCAUUGAUGCUGCUAAUAUUACUUCAAAAUUUAGUGAACCAACUUCUGUCGUCAAGUCAGCUUCGAUUCUUCCCGCUAUAGCCAGUAAUCUCGACCAGCUUGCAUGGUCCCCCAUUGCUUUUGCAUCUCCUAACCUGCUCGAGCUCGCUCAUUUGUAUCAACAAGCACAACUUCUGAACCUCACUUCACAUGAUCGGUGGUGGCGGGUUCUGGACGGCCUCGGACUUGGUUCGAAGUUCCGCACAGACCUCGAUCUGCUUUCUCGAAGAGAAGCAUCAAAUCACGAUACUCCACGGGGCAACAUGGCCUUCCUUGUUGAAAAGGGUAUUGCCCAAAUGGCAAUCAAUCUCCUACCGUUUUUUCGACAUCUUGUCAUCAAGUGCGGUGACUUGGGAGUUAUUGUCGUAAUGCAUUUCACGGGAGAUGAUGCGGCCGAAUCACCGUGGUCAACGGAGUCGACUAACCAUCAUAGGCGCUGUGUGGUGUCCCACUCGCCAACGUCGGGUGAUAUCGUAGUUUUACAGCAUUUUCCUGCAAUACAACUCCCAAGCGAUGCGUUGGUCAACACAACUGGUGCAGGAGAUUCGUUGGUCGGAGCUUUGCUGGCCGCAUUGGUGCAGUCUCCGAAGGCAUUCCACUCCACAAUAAGCCUACAACGUACGAUAGACAUUGCUCAGCAUGCAGCACUGCUAAGUUUGCAGAGCCCGCUUGCUGUUUCGCCAUUGCUACCAUCCUUGCACGGACAACUUUCCCAUUGA